AGAUAGAUAGAUAGAUAGAUAGAUAGAUAGAUAGAUAGAUAGAUGGAUAGAUUUACUCAACUGUUAAACUAACACUAUAGUUGUGCGCACGCGACUGAGAGGUUUAUUUCCUGGUGAUAUUGUUUACUCGGUAAGUCGCGUCAUGCGCGCGCGGGCUAAGAACAUUCUGGAAGUGUGUAGAACAGGAAACAAAGUGUAUCUUAUUUUGCACGUAGGUAACACUUUAUUUAAGUUGUAGCUAGUUUGCUAACAUGCUUGUUAGGGCUAACUGAGAGCUAGGUUGCCUUGUGUGUGUGUGUGUGUGUGUGUGUGGUGUCAGUUAACCAAACCGCCGUGUUUGUUUUUUGUGUUUGUUUUCGCGUUUGUUUGGUUUUUUUUAAGCUAACAGGCUAAUUAACGGAAUGAACCCGCCGACGUGUGUAGUAUGCGUUUAUGUUUUGUUUUUUUCCCAAAGGAGUUUAAAUAAGAAAAAAAUAGACAAGUAGGUCAUCUGAGAAACAAAAGAAAGCCUGAAGUAAAUAAUUGAUAAUUAUAGCUACACUACCGUUCAAAAGUUUGGGGUCACCCAGACAAUUUUGUGUUUCCCAUGAAAAGUCACACUUUUAUUUCCCACCCUAAGUUGUAAAAUGAAUAGAAAAUAUAGUCGAGACAUAUUUUUCUGGCCGUUUUGAGCAUUUAAUCGAGCCCACAAAUGUGAAACUCAAUCUGGUCAAAGGAAGGUCAGUUUUAUAGCUUCUCUAAAGAGCUCAACUGUUUUCAGCUGUGCUAACAUGAUUGUACAAGGGUUUUCUAAUCAUCCAUUAGCCUUCUGAGGCAAUGAGCAAACACAUUGUACCAUUAGAACACUGGAGUGAGAGUUGCUGGAAAUGGGCCUCUAUACACCUAUGGAGAUAUUGCACCAAAAACCAGACAUUUGCAGCUAGAAUAGUCAUUUAGCACAUUAGCAAUGUAUAGAGUGGAUUUCUGAUUAGUUUAAAGUGAUCUUCAUUGAAAAGGACAGUGCUUUUCUUUCAGAAAUAAGGACAUUUCAGAGUGACCCCAAACUUUUGAACGGUAGUGUGGACACUAAUUAAUCAAUUAACGGUUGGUUUUUUUUUUAAACCCCUAAACAUUAUUUUUCCGUCCUGAGGUGAUGUUGAAGCGGGGUGUUUAUGAUGCAUUAAUUCAGCUCAGCAGAUGGCAGUAGUAAGGAAGGCUGGCUUCAGUCUGGAUGUGAUGCUGAAACAAUAAGGCUCACAGCUUCACCACCACCAGCUUCACGAGCGGCAGCGGUGUAGUAAAAAACAUCGUGUGCAUGGGGAGUCCAGAUGUGGCCGCACGCGCCAGCGGUUGCUCCUGUUAUCGCCGGUGUGAGACAGCGCGAGCGCUUUGUGAUUAAAGUAGUGCAGAAUUAGAGAAAGAAGAAGAGAAGAAGGGAAAAAAAACACAUAAAAAAUCAUAAUCACCGGCUACAGACUUCGCGACUCAUCCCGCACAGCUGCUCUCAUGGCGGAGAAAGCAGGAAGCGGUGGAGGAGGUGACGCGGACACACAGCACGAGCUCACGGGUUCAGGUUCGGGCUCGGUAUUGGUAUCGAACGGCGAUUGUGGAUUUGCACCAGAGAUGGCUGGAUGCACUGGGGCAGAGAACGCAUCAGACGUCGACAAACCUGGAAUACCCCGAAAGGCCAGCAUCAUCAAGGAUGGCUCAAGGCAGCGCAAAGAGAGAAAGAAGACCGUCUCCUUCAGCAGCAUGCCCACGGAAAAGAAGAUCAGCAGUGCUAGUGACUGCAUUAACGCCAUGGUGGACGGUUCCGAGUUGAGGAAAGUGCGGUCCAAUUCCAGAGUUUACCAUCGAUACUUUCUGCUCGAUGCAGACAUGCAGUCUCUCAGGUGGGAGCCAUCAAAAAAGGAGUCGGAUAAAGCAAAAAUUGACGUGAAGUCCAUUAAAGAAGUGCGGACUGGCAAGAAUACAGACACUUUCAGGACCAAUGGUGUUUAUGACCAGAUUUCUGAAGACUCUGCAUUCUCAAUUAUUUAUGGAGAGAACUAUGAGUCUCUGGAUUUAGUUGCAAACACAGCUGAUGUAGCUAAUAUUUGGGUGACGGGGCUCAGGUAUCUGAUAUCCUAUGGGAAACAUACCCUGAACAUGAUUGAAAGUAGUCAGAACAACCUGCGUUCUUCUUGGCUCGGGGAUCUCUUCGAUGAGGCCGAUGUUACCGGCAGCAAAAGUCUAAGUCUUUGUACUGCUGUACAACUGAUCAAAAAAUUGAAUCCUGGACUGAAAAAUGUUAAAAUAGAACUCAAGCUCAAAGAGCUGCAUAAAGCAAAAGACAAACUGGGGUGUAAUGUUACAAAGGAUGAAUUUGUUGAGAUCUAUCAUGAUCUGUGCACAAGACCCGAAAUAUAUUUCUUGCUCGUUCAGUUUUCUAGCAACAAAGAAUUUCUUGAUACCAAGGACUUGAUGAUCUUUUUAGAGGCAGAACAAGGCAUGGUCCAGGUUAGUGAAGACACAAGCUUAGAAGUUAUUCAGAGGUAUGAACCGUCGAAAGAGGGGCAGCUCAAGGGCUGGCUGUCAUUGGAUGGAUUUACAAACUACCUUAUGUCCAACGACUGCCACAUUUUUGAUCCGGAUCAAAAGACAGUAUGCCAAGACAUGAACCAGCCUUUGUCUCACUAUUAUAUUAACUCAUCUCACAAUACCUACCUAAUCGAGGACCAGUUCAGGGGUCCCUCGGACAUCACAGGGUACAUCCGUGCUUUGAAAAUGGGAUGUAGAAGCGUCGAGCUUGAUGUUUGGGAUGGGCCUGACAAUGAGCCAGUGAUUUACACUGGUCAUACCAUGACGUCGCAGAUUGGCUUCCGCAGUGUUAUCGACAUUAUAAACAAGUACGCCUUUGUAGCAUCUGAAUUUCCUCUGAUUCUGUGUUUGGAGAAUCACUGUUCCUUAACGCAGCAGAAAGUAAUGUUUCAGCACCUCAAAAAAAUCCUCGGAGACAAAAUUCACACCGAUCCACCAAAACCUGAAGACAGCUACCUUCCCUCCCCCAAUGACUUGAAAGGCAAGAUUCUUUUGAAAGGAAAGAAGCUCGGGAGCACCUGCACAAGCUUUGAGGGGGAAGUGACUGAUGAGGACGAAGGGGCAGAAAUGUCUCAGCGAAUGAACAGUGAAGGAGGGGAACAGCAGGCUGUUACUCAAGCCAAAAAGUUUCAGCUCUCCAGAGACCUCUCCGACCUGGUGACCUUGUGUAAAUCUAUUCAAUUUAAAGACUUUCAGACAGCAUUCCAGAGCCAGAAGCAUUGGGAGCUUUGCUCUUUCAACGAAGUGUUUGCUAGCAGGUGUGCUAGUGAUUUUCCUGGUGAAUUUGUAAAUUACAAUAAGAAGUUUCUUGCUCGGGUUUAUCCUAGUCCAAUGCGAAUCGACUCGAGCAAUAUGAACCCUCAGGACUUUUGGAAGUGCGGUUGCCAAAUAGUUGCAAUGAACUACCAAACUCCAGGCCUGAUGAUGGACUUGAACAUUGGCUGGUUCAGGCAAAAUGGCAACUGUGGCUACGUGCUUCGUCCAGCCAUAAUGAGGGAGCAGGUGUCUUAUUUCAGUGCAAAUACUAAAGAUUCAGUGCCCGGAGUAUCUCCACAACUCCUUCACAUAAAGAUCAUCAGUGGACAAAAUUUCCCCAAACCCAAAGGCUCAGGGGCCAAAGGUGAUGUCGUAGACCCUUAUGUAUAUGUUGAGAUCCACGGCAUCCCUGCUGAUUGUGCUGAACAAAGGACUAAAACUGUCCAUCAGAAUGGAGACAACCCCCUUUUCGACGAGAGCUUUGAGUUUCAGAUUAACCUUCCUGAGUUAGCGAUGGUACGCUUCGUUGUUCUGGAUGACGACUACAUUGGGGAUGAAUUUAUCGGUCAGUACACUAUUCCUUUCGAAUGUCUACAACCAGGCUUUCGCCAUAUUCCUCUUCAGUCGUUAACGGGUGAGGUGCUUCCUCAUGCCUGGUUGUUUGUCCAUGUGGCCAUGACCAACCGACGAGGUGGGGGUAAGCCCCACAAAAGAGGGCUGUCUGUACGCAAAAGCAAAAGGAGUCGGGAGUACGCCACCAUGAGGAUACUGCUCAUCAAGGCGGUGGAUGAGGUUUUUAAGAGUGCCAUACAGCCGCUUCGAGAAGGAACAGAUCUCAGAGAGAACAUGCAGAACUCUAUAGCGUCGUUUAAAGAGCUGUGCGGUUUGUCAGCGGUGGCCAAUCUGAAACAGUGCAUCCUGGCCCUGUCGUCUCGUCUCACGGGUGCCGACAACAACCCGCUCGUGCUGUUCAACCUGAAGGAGCAGUACCCCAGCAUGGAUGCCCAGGGGAUGCUUCCUGAUGUCCUAAAGAAGGUGCUCACUGCGUAUGAGCUGAUGAUCCAGACGAGCAGGACACUGCUGGAGAACUCGGACGGCGUCUAUGAGAGGAUACUCCAAGUGCAGAAAUCAGCAAUGGAGUUCCAUGAGAAUCUGCAUGACAUGGCUGCGAAGGAGGGUCUGAAAGGCAGGAAGCUCCACAAGGCAGUGGAGAGCUUCACCUGGAACAUAACUAUUUUAAAGGGUCAGGCGGACCUGCUGAAGCACGCACGGGCCGAGGUGCUGGAGAACCUCAGGCAGGUGCAUUACGCUGCACUCACCUGCAACCUAGCCAAAGGGGUCACGUCGAUGUCGUCCAGCUCCGAGUUCAGAUCCCACCGCAGCCUGGGAGCCAUUCCAGAGAAGGCGUCAGGGGAGGAGGACGCCAGCAACGAUGAGGAGAACUAAGUUCUUGACAAGCUUCCCGAAGCCCUUGUGAAGAACAGUAGAGUGAUCUAUAGGGAUAAAAAGGAAGCCAGGCUGUUACACAAUCUGUGUACACUUUUUACAGUAUCAUUCCAUACCUGUUGGGCCAAAGUGCCUCAACAAACCUCACCAAAUCCUGCCUCCUCCUCCUCUUCACCCCCACACCCACCCCACUCCUGCCGAAACCUCAAUCCUCUCCACCCAACUCAGGCUAGUCUAACAGAACUACUUUUAUUUCCAGAGCCUGCUGAUCGCAUUGCUAGUGUGCUGGCACAGUGUUGUGAUUCACUGCAGUGUUGAUUUCAGACGUGCACUUAAAGGAUCCUCGCUCCGGGACCGCCGAUAAUAAGCACAAUUCUAACGGUUUUCGAGGACCUGAAACUGGAGCCAAGAAUGAAUGAUUCGAAAGCGAGAAAGCAAGAACAAACGAGUCGAGCUGUUUACAAUAACAAACUAAUUCAUGUUCUGUCUGCCAAAACAGUAUGUGUAUGUAUAUAAAAUAUAAAUAUAUAUAUGUAGAUCUGUUACCUUUUUUUGCUAUGUGCGCCAUUUUAAUGGAGGAGAUUUAUUUUGUUAAGAUUAAAGAGAAUAUUUUAUUUGUGUGAACAUGUGCGAAAGAUGAGCAGAAAGAAGACGCGUAUGCCACUCACGGAUCGUUCAAUGAAACACACGGUAGCUUCAGACACAACCGACUGAGGAAAUGUGUGUUACAGGUACAUGGUUAACUCCUAGUCACCAUUACAGUUACAGUUUCUGGUAAAGAUUUGCUCACCUGUUGGUUUGCUCGAAGGAAAAAUCCUUUCCAUGUGUUUUGCCUAAGCUAAGCCUGCCUAACAGUCGCCCGUAAGUCUAUCACCUUCUCCGGUGUUCAUCUCCGGCUCGUCUCGCCGAUCUUUUCAGCGUGCCAAUCUACUGUUGCACCCAGUGAACCACUCCCAUCCCGAUUUCCAUCAUCUUACCAUUACCAGAAUGUCAAGAAACGGAAACCAAUGUCGUUUGAUAACGUUUCAGUGCUGUAAAAGUUGGUGUCUUUUUAAUUGUAGUUCAACCAUUUAUACCGAUGUGGGGAAGCGGGUUAGUUUUGAAACAAAAUAGCAGUUUUGUUUUUACCCCGUGAACUCCUGAAAGCUCUGAAAUAAAUCGUGUUGAAUAAA